AUGAGGCCUUUAACUGAAGAAGAAACACGCAGCGUAUUUGAAAAACUAGCAAAAUAGUAAGUGGCGUGAUUGAUAGUCCAUGUUGUUUAUCUUGAUCGUUUCAAACGCAUGUAAACUUUCUUUAAUUUUCUUGAAGCUGCAGAAACAAAUCUGCAUUUUCCAAGCUUAAAAGUUUUUUUCUUCCACGAUGAUUUUUUAGUAUUGGAGACAACAUCAAACUUCUCAUAGAUAGACCAGAUGGAAAUUAUUGUUUCAGACUUCACGAAGAACGAGUUUUCUAUGUCAGGUAGGUUGAAAUUUUUAUCUUUUAGAUAAAUAGAACUAUGUAAUUUAAAAAACUGUGGAGCUCUGACAUUUACACGUUUUAAUUAAACUUCCCUAAGGCCCGUUUCAAACGUCGUGCUACUGCCGUGCCGAACUCAGUUGCUCGAAUUAAAUUCGACUUUAGCACGGCAGUAGCGCGACGUUUGAAACCAAGUCGUGCUACUGCUGUGUAGUACGGCAAGCCUUGCUGUGCUACACGGCAGUAGCACGACUUGGUUCCGAACUCAAUUCAUAAAUUAUAAAUACAUUAGAAUACAUUUAAAGUUUGCUAAACCAUUUCAAUAUUUUUUUGUUAUGUUUUCGGCAACAACCGUUCUAUUCGACUGAAUUAAAUUCGACGUCUGAAACCAAGUCGUGCUAGUGUCGUGCUGCAGUCGAGCUACAGUCGAGCCAGCUUAGCACGGCAGUAGCACGAGGUUUGACACAGGCCUAAGGUUUAAUAACCAUCAAAAAUGUUUAACUUAAGUUGGCACCUAUGACAUGGUUUCUUAAAAGAGUUCUCCUUAAAAGACAUCAAAAUAAUGUUGGCAGUAGCUGUGCAUUUUUUUAAGGCAUUUGGCAUGAUGAUGAGUUUAUGCGACAACAUGACAAAUGUAUAUAUGUUACAGGUCAAAAUAAAGUUCAGGGUCGGGUUGUUCAAAGCAGGGUUAAGUUAACCCAGGGCUAGUGUGAAACUUGAUUUCAGACAUGAAAGCUUGAGAAGCAAACUCAGGUUUACUCUUUUUGGCUACAAUCUGAUGAUCGGAUGCUCUAUAAGACAGAAACUUAUCCAGGAAAAUGCUUUUGAACAAAAGAAAAAGAACCCAGGUUAAAAUUUAACCCUGGGGUAGCACUAAUCGGCCUUUGAACAACUGGGCCUAGGUUAAAAUUUUCUUCAAAACUAACUGACAACCCUGCUUUAUGGCUUGUGCCAGCACCCAAGCUCUGUGUUUUUAAUACCUCUUUUAUUAUCUUGCAGCGAGCAAAUCAUGAGAAAGGCGACAAAUAUUGCAAGGGAGAACCUCAUAAGCGUGGGAACCUGCAUUGGCAAGUUUACAAAGACAAAACGAUUCAGACUUCAUGUGACUGCUCUUGACUUCAUGGCACCAUAUGCUAAGGUAAGCCUGUUUUUUUUUCUUUUUGUUUCAUGAUUGUUUCUGGUGUUAUUAUUAUGAUCUAUAAUGAAACUUAGUUCUGCUAGUCAACCAGAAAACUUCCUUGGAGCAGGUUAUAGCUGGUAACCAAGAGUCUCGAGGGUCUGGCCACCUCUCAAGUCUCAAGAACUCUCUGUAGUAUUGUUUCAGUUUCUAGUAACGCGGCCUUCUGUAUGUUCCCAGGUCUUACCCUUAUUCCAAUAUUCUGAAGCACUUAUCCAGAUGAUGAUGAUGAUGAUUGUUAUUAUUAUUAUUGUUUUUAUAAUAUUGUGCCACAGACCUAAAACUUAAAUCCAAAGUGAAUGCCACAGUUUCAAUAAUUACCAUAAAUAAUUAUUAAGCCCCCCUCUCUAUUAAGCCCCCCGCUCCCCUCCAUCCUUAUUCUUCACAAAAAAUUAAUGUGGACUGAUGGUUAUGAUCUAUUCAGGCUGGAAAUUCAUAUUGGUCUUCGGCUGCAUGACCUCUUUUAUGCUUUAGUUCUCUGUGGAGAAUUGUUACCGUUUUCUUAUUGUUAGAAAAAGCAGUAUAGCAUCUGGUAACCACAAGUCUGUCCUCGAGAAACCUUGCUCCCAUCGAUGCAUUUCGCUAAAUUAAAUAAGCCCCCCCUCAAAGUGCUUGAAAAAAUAAGCUCCUCGGGGGGCUUAAUAGAAGAUUUACAGUAUUAAUUAGCAAUUAUUUGAUGAGGCUGAGUAUCAUUUGAAGAAUUAUGGAGAUCGGGGAGGGUGUUAAACCAGCCUUGGCAGAUAACAGCCUCCAAGAUCUCCAUAAUUCUUCAGAUGAUGCGUAAGCCGAAUUCAAUAAUAAUCAUUGAAUUCAGCUUACAAUAAAUGUAUUAAAAAAUUAUUAUUGUUUUACUAUUCAUUCAAAAUAAUUCCUAGUUGGUCUUCGAUAGUAUGUGUUUAUCAGCAAGUCUAGGAGAUAAACUGUUUUUCGGUUUUGCUAUAAAUAGUCUCCAAAUAGCAGAUGUCGUCUAAUCGAGUUGUCUUCUUGCUACUCGUGCUACGUUUUUAGCCAAUAGUUGCCUAUUUCUUCCUUGUGAAUCUGCCAUAUUGUACUCACUACCAAAACAACUCAACGUUGUCCCCUGGUCUUCUUGGUUAACCGUUCAGUUUUCUGGGCAUUAUAAUCCACAAUUGACAUCAUUUUUCACAUAUUGCAAAAUCCUUCCAAAUUUGGUCAAUAGUAGCUGGUUAUGAUAAAUUAUGUGUAGGAUUUUAGCCAACCAGAAACUGAACAAUAUUUUGAAUGUACAAUAAUGAUAAUUAUGAUAAUUAUACUCACAAUGGAAUUUUUCUAAUGAGUUGGGAACAAAAACCCAAUCUGUAAUUCUAGGCUUAUCCAGCAAAAUAACAGUAAAGUGUAAUGUUGUUUUGUUACCUCUCAGUAUAAAAUAUGGGUCAAACCAUCUGGGGAGCAGUCAUUUCUAUAUGGAAAUCACAUUUUGAAGUCUGGAUUAGGAAGAAUAACAGAAAAUACUCCACAAUAUCAAGGUGUUAUUGUUUACUCCAUGAAUGAUCUUCCACUGGUAAGUGAAUUGAACUCAAGAAUAAGUGUUUCUCACCCUUGCUUCAAAAUGCAGCUUACACUUCUCUUCACUAACAUGCAAUCACUUUAUAAGUAAAAUGUAGUCCUAUGGCUGUACUAUAAUCCGGGUUCACACAAAUAUUCAGUAUUAAAAAAGGCCCCCCUUUCAAGAGAAUUAACACAGUCUAAUGCCAAUCUCAUUCCCAGAGGCCACGAUCCUUUGUACAGCGAUGAGGAACACUAACCUCUGGAAGAAUUAAAAAAAAACAUCUCUGAUUGGCCGAUAAAAUCUUGUUAAUCACAUGCAAAUUUCUUUGCUAAUCAAAAACCUGUGAGCAUGUUGAUUUGAUUUUGACAGGUCAUUUGUGUACACACAAAUCUCAUACGACUUGAAAUCGUUAAGAAAAACGUUUACCUCGAUAAGUUCCGAAAUCACGCUACAAUGACAUUGUGUUCAAAAAGUUUCUUUUUCUGAUUUUUGAACGUCAUUUCAAUGUUUUUUUUUUAGGAGAUGUUAUUCAUUUAUGCUACUGAACCUUUCAAAUUUACACACAGCUGUGCUCAUUCUGAGCACGAGAGAAUGUGUGUCGUCAUCACUAACCAAUGUUCAUUUGCCGCAUUUAAAGAAAUGUUCAUUUUCCGUCUCCUUACACAGUCCUUUCAUGUUACUUGUCUUUCUCCACUAAAUACAUCGAUAUAGUUCACAGAAAGAAAAACUGCUUUGGAAAGAGUAAAUUGUAACUAUGUGCGGGCAAGGAAAUUUCCCUUGAAAACUUCUCUUGGUCAAAUGGGUAAACAAUUUUACACAACACAAUUAGACUGGAACCAGGAUUUUGUGGUUCUGGUUUAGAUUCCUCAAGAGCAUCUGUUGCCCCAUCUGUUGGACAAAAAUUACAGAGGCUCUGUGGGCAAUACUGGUCUAAUGCAUUCAGUGGAGAAUACUGCCAUUUUUGUUAUAGUUCUGGCUCCACAUAUGCCUGGAGUUUUACAUAUGACCUUUAGUUUGCACUUUCUAAAGAACUUAUUCACUUUGUAUAGCUUCUGCAGGUACUGUUAGAACAGCAGAAACAAACAAAGAAACCAGACAAUAAAAUUUCCUUGGGAGGUUUACUAGUAUUGUUUGGUUCUAUAGUUUCUUCUGUUUAAUGUAAUCUGUCUUUGGUACCUGCAGUCAAUAGUAGCCACGCAGACCAGUUCAGUCAUAAAGUAAUAUAAAUCAGGACCAUUAAUAAUGAUGAUUAAUAAAUACUUAAUUAUCCUCUCUGGGGAUAAUGGAACAAAUAAUUCAAAAGAAACAUAACUGGUAGGAGGCGAACCAGCUGGCUAUUUUACAAGCUUGGCAGAGGAUUUGAACUCAGGGCUAACGAGAACAAAUCCAGCUAGCGGUCAGGGCCGGGUUGUUCGAAGCUGGGUUGAGAUAACCCAGGGCUAAUGCGAAAUUUGAACUCAACUGUGGGAGCUUGAAAAGCAAAUUCAGUUUAAUUUUCUUUACCUACAAUUUGAUGAUUGGAUAUUCUAAAAAGAAUAGAGAAAAGUAUCCCAGAAAGUGCUUUUGAUAACAAGAAAAAGAAACCUGGGUUAAAAUUUAACCCCAGGUUAGCCCCAACUGGCGUUUGAACAACUGGGCCCAGGGCAGUACUUUAACUCGGGCUCAUCUGCUCAGCCACGCUGCCAUCGAGUCAGAUCAGUCUGUAUUUAUAGUGUGCACAGCACUGGUAGGGUGUAAAAUGCAAAAACUGUUGAUAAAACCUAUUUUUGAUGGGCACCCUGGAUUUCAUAGCUACAGGGUUUAUUAGUGCAGCCUUUAUCUUCCACAACUAUGGAUUAUGUCGUGGCUUAUGGGGCUUACUUUCUUUGACAGGGAUUUGGUGCCACAGCUCGUUCAACACAGGAUUGUCGACGGGCCAACCCCACUGAUAUAAUCUGCUUCCAUCAAGCUGAUGUAGGCGAAUAUUUGAGAUCAGAGGACACUUUAACAUAACAAAAAAAAAAUGUUACAAGCCCAGUGGUUUAACUUUUAAUGCUUACAUUUAAUUACAGAUUUCAUCAAUGGACCUAAACGUUCGAUUUACUAUUUGCUGUAUAAUAAAAAGCACUACAGGAAGGUACUGUUCACCGCCUUUAGGAUUUCAAGUUAAAAACCACCUUGUACAGCAUAAUAAACAAUGCUACGGGGAAUUAAGACAAUAGAAAUGUGGAGGAGGAGGAGAAGGAGAAGGAAUGAAAACGAUAAAAAUGAUGAGGAGAAUGAGGUGGGAAACAUUAGAAAUGGGGUGGUGUAAAAAUGUCACUUUUCACGAUUGAUAUCAUUACAAAUAAAUUGUGUUAAUACAAAAGGUCGAUGCAGGGUCAAUGUGGAAUCGAUGUAGGGUCGAUGCGGU